CAAGUCUACAAUAUCUAAUUGUUGACUAUAAAUGAGGCACCGAAUUCGUGGAAAUUUAGUUAUUGUUCAAGUGAUUCGACUAGAAACAUGUCUAAGCAAUUGAUGGUUUAUUUGAUUCUGGUUGCGGUUUUGGGAGACCAAUUCAUGCAAAUUGAAGGUGGACGUGGGGCAAAGGCAGGAAUGAUGGAAGGGCGGACAGAUCUUCAUAACGCUGCAGAGAAGGGUGAUUUGGAGACCGUUAAAGAGCUCAUCAGAAAAGGAGCCAAAGUUGAUUCGAAGGACAUCAGAAAUCUUAGUGAGGAACCACUUCAUUUGGCUGCUAAGAAUGGUUACAAGGAUGUCGUUAAAGAGCUCAUCAAAAACGGAGCCAAAGUUGCUCCUGAAGACUAUUGGAAGCGGACACCUCUUCAUUUGGCUGCUGCGAAUGGUCGCUUGGAUGUCGUUGAAAUGCUUAUCACGGAAGGAGCUAAAGUUAAUGCUAUAGACAAAGAUAAGCAGACACCUCUUCAUUAUGCUGCUCAUUUGGGUCACUUGGAUGUCGUUGAAAUGCUUAUCACGAAAGGAGCGAAAGUUGAACAAACGGACGUUUAUAAGCGGACACCUAUUCAUUAUGCUGCUAUUUAUGAUCGCAUUAAGGUUGUCGAAUUGCUCAUCACGAAAAAAGCUAAAGUUAAUGCUAUAGACAAAGAAAAGCGGACACCUCUUCAUCAUGCUGCUAGGAUUUGCAACUUACAGAUAGUUCAACUUCUUGUUGACAAUGGGGCCAGUGUUACUCUUAAAGACUCUUCUAAACAGACACCGUAUCAAUUAGCUGUUCGGGAAAAUUGCAAGCAGGUUGCUGACUAUCUUGAGAGUGUUGAAAAGAAAAGGCAAAACGGACAUAAGUAAAAUCAAUUGGGAAAUCCUAUGUAGUCCUUUGAGUUCCAUAUUCGAUUAUCAUGUAGAAUAUUAAUUUCAGUACAUUUUUGUCAAACUUUAACCACACCAAUAUUGCUGCUUUGUUGUACUAACAAUGUCAAAACCAAUCUAAAUUUUAGAUUGUGAUUUUUCAAUUGAUUUUUCCCAUUGAUGUUAACGUACUUUAAUUGUAAAAACUCAUCGUCAUUGCAUUAGCCCUGGUUCAUCAGAAUCAGACCGGUUUUACCAUGGUUUUCCGAACCAAAUUCUGGUAUGAAAGCUUCACUUUUAUACCAUCCCUCCCUUGACUGUAUUCUCUUUGCAAAAGACGCACCAUGGGCGGAAUUUAUGCCGUAUUGGGUCUCUGACCAGCAUGUUCUCAGCUUGCUGGGAACACAUAUUGGCAUAAAUGUAGGCUCCGUAAUA